AUGUCCAGGAGGAACAAUGAUUUAGAAGAGGAGGAGGUAUCUGAAGAAGAGGACGAGAGGUCUGGGAGAAGUGGGUGGAGCCAUAAGGGAGUUCUGGGAGAAGUGGGUGGAGCCAUAAGAGAGGUCUGGGAGAAGUGGGUGGAGCAUCUGCCAUACCUCUACAACCCCGGGCCUGAAGUAACAGUGGAUGAGCAACUGGUUCCAUUUAGAGGUAGAUGUCCUUUCCGACAGUAUAUGUCCAGCCAGCCAGCAAAGUGUGGCAUCAAGUAUUAGGUGGCCUGUGACGCACAAUCCAGCUAUGCCUGGAAGAUACAAGUCUACACUGGGAAGCCGACUAGUGGAGGCCCGGGAAAUAACCAGGGGAUACGGGUUGUGCUUGAUGUGACAGAUGGACUGAGAAGAUCAACAUGGCUGCAACCAUUCCUCGUAACAAGGGCGAGAGAGUCCUUCUCAUCAAAGUUUUCCUUCACCCCCACCAUCACUCGAGUUUCUUACCUCCCAAAGAGGAACAAGAAUGUGGUCCUCCUGAGGACACUGCACAAAACGUCUGAUAUCAGCGAUCGUGAGGACAGGAAACCAGCCAUCAUCCUGGACUACAACCACAACAAAAGAGGUGUGGACAACCUGGACAAGGUGAUUGGAACUUACAGCUUCAGGAGGAUGACUGCCCGCUGGCCCCUGGUCAUCGUCCAUAAGAUCAUUGAUGUGUCCUCAUACAAUGCCUUCGUGAUAUGGAACAAGAUCAACCCUACCUGGAUGCCUGAUAAGUGGAACAAGAGGUAG